AUGUUUCCUCAAAAUAACACCGGAAAAGUAAAGGGCUCUAAUUCUGCUAAAAAAGAAAGCAAUCGGAGUAGCCCCUCAGAAGAUAAAUCUCUUUCUUACCUCUCUUAAGCAUUUUAACCCAGUCAAGAAUCGCUCACAGUUACUGUCAUCCCUUGUGGGCGUGAGGAUGGGAAGAACUCUGAGGAGGAAAUGCCGUAUGAGUUAAUAAUCAAGAAAAAGGUGACUGAGCAUAGUUUGAAAGAUAUAUUCUCAAAGAAGAGUGAAGUAUGGGAGACAGUAUUCAAAACUCAUCUAGACUAAGAAGCUAUUCCAAAUUUCAGCAUUUUUCGGCGCUAAUUUGAAUAUGAACAAGACCCAUCUAAAUCAGAACUAUAUCUGCAUAUUCUUUACAUGAAGAGCCAAGAAAAAUCUCUUGCUCGUAAUUAUAACGCUGAGUAGCUGGAGCUGUUUUGUCAUAAUAGAUUUUAUGGUCCAUUGGUUGUGGCAUACAACUUCAAUAAAUCACCAUAUCAUCUUUAUAAUUUCAGUCUUGCAGAUCUGUCCAAUAUAGAAAAUAUAAAUCGUAUUAAAGACGAUUAUGUACCUGAAUGUCUUCUUGAAUUUGAUCCCUUAAAAUAAGACUUAGAUAAACUCUUUAAACCUGAAAAUAUGGAAAGGUUCACAUUCUAUAUGUUCAAGUACAAGAGUAGCUGGUGCCCUAACAAAAAGGAUUCUCACGAUUCUAAGAGCUGUAUUUACGCUCAUCACACCAGAGAUUUCAGAAGACCUCCUGAUAUUUUCAAAUAUUCCCCUGAGGAUUGUGAAACCUUGACUAAAGGAAUAGGAUGGGAUAAAUGUGAGAAAGGACUGAAAUGUAACAAAUGCCAUACAACUGUCGAAAGAUUAUACCACCCUGACAAGUACAAGAGAAUCUAUUGUGACAAAACAAGAUGUAACAAUUCCGACAUAUGCGCUUUUAACCAUUCCCAAAAAGAGAGAUAAUAAGCUCUGAAGGAAUGCUAAAAAUAUAGAAAAGGGGUUGAUCAGAAAAACCAUCUUUCAGACAUCAACGAUCUUUAAAGGAGGCUAAAUGAAUACUACCGCAACCAAAAUCAAAUGCACUCAAGCUACUAGAAUUAAAGCAUAAGUUUGAAAUCAAGCCUCAUUGAGGAUUAGAAAGAGCAGCAUUUAUCUCUUAGAGAUAGUAGUUCUUCAUCAGCAAAAAGUAUCUAAUGUGAAGAGUAUAAAGCUCAUUUAUUCGACUCAGAUAAUUACUCAAUCAAUGUAUCACCUCCAUAACAGUAUGAGAGCAAUUACGCUAAUACACUUCAACUUAAUAAUAAUCUUAGAAUGAAUCCAAUAAGUUCACUCCUAGAUUAGAGCUCAUAAGCUUUUCAACCAGGAUAUAGGUAGAAUAUAUGCUAGCCUCCAAUUAAUAUUGUUACUCAAUAAUAGUAGAUCUAUUACAAUGUCCAAAAUUAGCAGUAAAUGAAUAUGAUCAACCAGCCUAUGUAGAAUCAAAAUUACAAUAUAAUCCAAAUGAAUAAUUCAGCUUAAUAGCAAAUAAUGCAAACCUAAAGCAUAAGCUAAUUGAACAACAUGCAUCAUAUUCAGCUUAUUCAAAAUCAAUAAUCAUUAGCCAAUAAUGGGUGUUACUUUGAAGAAAAAAUAAAAGACCAAAAUAAGCUACAAGUGAACUUAUUUGAAUACGGUGAUUUUGAGAACCCUAAAACAAGAACUAGCACCUUUUCAAAGGCUUCAGAGGGCAGAGAGGAAAUCAAGAAAAAUCAAGUAACUUUCCUGGAUGUAUUUUCUAAUCCACAUUUCCUCAAGCCCGUCGAUGAUGAAGAUUAAUAAUCACCUGCUUACUUAAAUAGAUAGCAGAGUGGUAAAUCUCCAUCAAACUUUGCAUCCCCUAUUAUCCUAGACUUUCUCGAAGACGACAAUUUCUUUCAGGUUGAUGAAUCAAGGCAUAAGAGCAAGACUGAGUUUGUCAGAAGAGAUAGGCAGGAGUCUGAGGACUCUAACUAGGACGACUUUCCUCUGCAAAGGGAUGCUUAGGAAUAUCUUAAUUCUAUCCUACCCAAUAAUUCUAUCAAAUUCAAAAAGCAUUCUCAAUCGAGAUUCUCAUUCUCGAAUCAAAAGAGAAAGUGA